CUUGCGCCGCGGGGCACGCCGGGAAUGCUCGGAGCAGCCGGCGGCGGCGGCGGCGCGGUCCCGCCGCCGCCGCUAUGAACGAAGCGGUGGUGCGGCGGACGCAGGAGUCCUUGGGCCGAGUGAUCCGCAAGCCGCCGCUGACGGACCGGCUGCUGAGUAAGCCGCCCUUCCGCUACCUGCACGACGUGAUCACCGAGGUAAUCAGAGUGACAGGUUUUAUGAAAGGACUUUACACAGAUUUCGAAUUGAAAUCAGAUAAUGUUAAGGAUAAAGAUGCCAAAAUCAGCUUCCUUCAGAAGGCAAUUGAUGCUGUUGUAAUGGUAACAGGAGAGCCACUGUCAGUAAAACCAGCACGUGUUGUGGCUGGACACGAACCUGAAAAAACCAAUGAAUUUCUUCAAGCAAUUGGGAAGUGUUGCUUAAAUAAGCUGUCCAGUGAUGUUGCUGUAAAAAGGAUCUUAGCUGGGGAAAGAGCUGAUGCUAAAGGGAAACCUCCAUCUAAAUCUCAAGAUAAAGAAAGCAGAGAAUCCAAAACAGAAGAACAAAAAAGCCAUAAAGAGGGUAGAAGAGACACUGAAAUUAAAGACAGAAGCUCAAGCAGAGACAGAAGACCCAAAGGAGAUUUGAAAGAGAGCGAAGAAAGAGAAAAAGAAAGUGAUAAACGGAAGGAUAAUGAAGACAGGCACAAAGACCCUGAAAGAGACACCUUUAAAGAAGGAGAAAAACAAGAAAGGGAAAGAAACAAAAGCAGAACAACAAAGCAAGGAAGAGAAACAGAAAAAAACAAGGGAAAAGGAGACAUAGAACGAGAGGAUGAUCUUGAGCGUGAUAAAGGACAGGAAAGAGAGAAAAAAAAUGAAGGAGGAAGAGAAAAGGACAGACUGAAAGGAAGAGACAAAGAUAAGGCUAGGGACAGAGAACGAGAGAAAGACAGAGAUAGAGGAAAAGAUCGGGAAAGGGAUAGACAGAGGGACAGAGAAAAAGAUAGGGAGCAUUUAAGAGAACAUGGAAAGGAUAAAGCAGAGAAAAAGUCUUCAGAUUCUGAGGAAUCCACACUUAGAAAAAUGCAGAGGCCAACUAAAGACAGCAAGUGCCAGCCAGAUAAUGAGAGUGAAAGUCCUGCAGGAAUGUUAAGGCAGCCUUCAACAAAAGGAUCAAGGCAAUGCGCCAAACCCGGAGGAGAAGGAACUGUAGAAACGAAGAGUGUGGCAGAUGGAAUUUCAGAGGACAGUGUUGCUAAACUGCAAGAGAAAGCUGAACCAGGACUUGCAGUAAAACAGAAAGAAGAAGUGGAUAAUAUGGCUCCUGAAAAGCAUGCAGUAUCUGAAAAUGGUGAAGUAACUAAUGAUCUUCCACCUCAGCCCAUCCAAAGACGUAUUCCUCGUCCUAGCAGUGCAAGACCAGCACCACCCCGAGUAAAACGUCAAGAAAGCGCAGAGGUCUUACUUCCAGAAAGGAGUGGUAGUGGUAAAACAGUCUCAAACGUGAUCAUAGACCAGCAGAUUUCUGAUGAUGAUGAUGACCAGUUUGUGGUGGAGGCAGCAGUGCUGCCGCCAGAAAUGCCAGAUACAGAAAUGGAGCCAGAAGUGGAGCUGGUUGAGGAUCAAAAGCAUGGUGGGCUUGUAAAGAGAAUCCUAGAAACAAAGAAAGAUUAUGAGGCAUCACAGAAAUCAGCAAAGACAACAGAGAGGCAGGUUGAGAAAGUUGGGAUGGCAGAUCAGACCCUUGGGGGAGUAUCUUCCCAUCUGAAGUUUGGGACUAUCCGAGAUCCAGGUGUGCUUGGCUGGAGGAAAAAUUCCUUUCACAUAUUGCAAGGGCUGAGAUUAUAGAAGGAAAUGAAUUCUUAAAAUAGGAAAACACCUUUCGUUUUCCUGUUCAUAAUCUGUUAUGAAUAGUGACAGCUUUAUCCAACUUGCUAAAUUAUAUACCGUUUAUUAUAAAUGCUCAGCUUGUGGUGUCUGUGUACUGAUCAUUGGAACACUGUUGGCUAUUUCUAAAGAACGUGUCUGAUGUGAAAAUUUGCCUGCUUGAAUAAGUUCUGUCUUUAUUUCGGAGAAAAGAAGGGUUAAAAGUUGAUACUGCUGUGUUUAUGUGGUCGCUCUAAAGCUUAUUAUUGGAGUGCAUGUUGAGCUGGCACUCUUGUGAGAACAAGAGAUCCAGCUGUUCCUGUUCCUGGUUUUGUAACUAGGUGGUGCUGUUGAAUCAUCAGUCUCGAGACUAAGUUUUGGUAGUCGUUAGUUUAAUAAUAUCUUCUGCCAGUACGUAAUUUUGCUAUAGGCUGUACUGUUUGGUCUUGUGUCCUGUCAGCUCAAGCACUGGACAUAGAAAGGGACAAUGGGGGAGGGUUUACAAAACCGCAUGGAUUUCAUGCUCGGGAAGCUUCCUCUGGUGUUUGUGCUAAAUUUCUGCGUUUUUUUCUGAAUAAGAGUAACUAACUAACUAAAACGAUUCCCUUUUAACCCGUUAGAUUUUUUUAAAUGCAUGUGGACAAUUGUGUCCUUCUACAAUAACCAUUUAGUCCAGUUGCCCAUUUUCAGUCUCUAAAACAUUCAUUCAGUCCUUGUUUGUCUUUUGUUGCAUCUUUUGAAGCACUGAUCUAUGUUAGCAGCGCUGAUAAUAGACAACUAAUUCUGGAAAAAAACGUGCUGACUUCCUAGUCCAUCACGUGAAAACUUGCAUACAACGCUAAGCUCCUGGAAUAUCAUCUGAUCUCAUAUCCAAGCAGCUGGCUGCUACUGCAGUAGGUUUCUUUGCUGCUACUGCUUUUCAAAUUAUGUUGUUGAAGUCGUUGCAAUCCAGAGAGGAGAAGCGUAGUUUUCCUGACAGCAGAGGAAAAAGUGAUUAAAAAUGCUCGGAGUCAGUGACUGGGACUUGACAGAUGUAGUUCAGAAAACAUGAGCUGGAGACAUUACUGAAUCCUGGGAAUAUAUUUUAGAGGUUAGAGACACUGUGACGCAGGAGACAGUAAAAGUAAAAAAUACAUUUCCAACGUGGCAUUGCCUCUGGGAAUAUUUCACGGACCAGAUAUGCACAGAGUAGCAGGCGGGGGUCUGGCACACUCGUGUCGCCCUAGCAUCAUGAGCCCGUCUCAUGUCUGAGGGGUGUUCCUAACAUCAUGAGGAAAGCAGUGGCAGCAAGAUUUUUUUCUUGUGAGACUGCAGACCAGCAGUUUUUGGAGGAAUAGUUACUGGUCUGUGGAAUCUCUUCAGAGGGAGGCAGCAAAAGUAAUUAAAAAGAAGGAAGAGUUGCAAGUGGUUUAUUCCUGCCAAGUGGUCUAGGCAGGCAAGCGGAACCAUGUCCUGUUAUGUUGAUGGGACUGCAAGAAUGGGUCAAUGAACUCUGGCCAGUGUGCUGUGCUCAAAUGGCCAUAGGUUUUGUGCCAGGUCUAGCUCUGCAGUCUGCUGGGAAGCAGUAUCAGUCUGGGAUUUGACCAUUUCUCCCCAGACUGUCAGCUCUUUUAUUUAAUUUGUUUUCCAUCAAACUCUCCAGAAGAAAUAUCUUCUACAUCAGUAUGCAACUGUAUUCCAAAACAUAUUAUGCAUUGGAGAGUAAAAUGUAAUUGUACUUCUGUAUUUUGGAGCAAGGUAACCAAAAGUCCAGUGAAAAUUUGGAAGAAUACUUGCUUUGGGAAAUUAUGUAUGACGAAGUGAAGGUUAUCCUUGUGUCCGUCAGUAAGAAUGUUCAUCUUCCCU